GUGCGCGUUCACGAUACCGGCACACUCACUGCAUGAUGGCCGAAGGAGGCGGACCCGAGUCGGCUGGCGCGGCGGACUCGGAGCCGGUAGCCGGGCAAGCGAGCAGCACCAAGGUUCAGAAACAGACCAUCGGGUCGCUUUUGAAAACAGCACUCAAAAAUGGCGACGAAUGGUAUCUGAUUGACAGCCGCUGGUUUAAACAGUGGAAGAAGUAUGUGGGCUUUGACAGCUGGGACAUGUACAUGGUUGGAGAACAAAGCCUCUAUCCAGGGCCGAUUGACAACUCUGGGCUCUUUUCAGAUCAGGAGACCCAAACUUUGAAAGAGCACCUCAUUGAUGAGUUGGACUAUGUGCUUGUACCCACCGAUGCGUGGAACAAGCUCGUCAGCUGGUACAACUGCAUUGAAGGGCAGCGACCCAUUGUCAGGAAGGUUGUUGAACAUGGCAUGUUCGUCAAGCACUGUAAGGUGGAGGUCUAUCUGUUGGAGUUGAACCUGUGUGAGAACGAUAACAUGGAGAAUGUCAUCACACGACACUUCAGUAAAGCUGAUACCAUUGAUAUGAUAGAAAAAGAAACAAGGUUGCUGUUCAACAUUCCAGCUGACCAGGAAACCAGAUUAUGGAAUAAAUACAUGACAAACACCUACGAGCAGCUCAGUAAGCCAGACAGUACAGUUCAAGAUGCUGGGCUCUUCCAAGGCCAGGUACUUGUGAUUGAGAGGAAGAAUGAGGAUGGCACUUGGCCCAGACAAACAUCCCAUUCCAAAUCAGCCUCAGCUUCCUCCAGAAGUUUAACCACAGCUCCAAAGCUCUCCUCCAACUCAGCAGCAAGUAUCUCCUCAACUGUAACCAACGGAGACAACGGCUGUGGCCCUGGCUACUCUCUCAACAACAGCACUUCCUCUGGUAACAGCAGGUUAGGAAGCUACAACUCCUACAGUUCAUCCUACAACUACAGGGAGUCGAAUUCUCAGCCCGGCCUAUGUGGUCUCAGUAAUUUGGGCAACACAUGCUUCAUGAACUCUGCCCUCCAGUGCCUGAGCAACGCCUCCCCGCUCACAGACUACUUCCUCAAUGACCAGUAUGAGGCAGAGAUUAAUAGAGAAAACCCUCUGGGAAUGAGAGGCGAGAUUGCAGAGGCCUAUGCAGAUCUUGUGAAGCAGAUGUGGCUGAGCCGCAGCAGCUAUGUUGCCCCAAGAACUUUUAAGACCCAGGUGGGACGUUUUGCUCCCCAGUUUUCAGGAUACCAGCAGCAGGACUCCCAAGAGCUCUUGGCUUUCUUGCUAGACGGACUUCAUGAGGACCUGAAUCGAGUGAAGAAGAAGCCCUACUUGGUCCUGAGAGACGCGGAGGGCCGUCCAGAUGAGAUUGUCGCCAAGGAAGCUUGGACCAACCAUCGUUUGCGCAACGACUCCAUUAUAGUCGAUAUUUUCCAUGGCCUAUUCAAAUCCACUUUGGUGUGUCCAGAGUGCUUUAAGGUCUCAGUGACCUUUGAUCCAUUCUGCUACCUCACAUUGCCUCUGCCCAUGAAGAAAGAUCGCACGAUGGAGGUCUUUUUGGUGCGAGCCGACCCUCAGUCAAAACCCACACAGUAUCGGGUUGUAGUCAACAAACUGGGUACAGUGACGGACCUGUGCUGCGCCUUGUCGCGAUUUUGUGGAAUACCCCCUGAAAAUAUGGUGGUAGCUGAUGUUUAUAACCAUAGGUUCCAUAAACUUUACAAACGAGAUGACGCCUUGAACCAAAUUAUGGAGAAAGAUGACAUCUUUGUUUAUGAGGUUCAGGAGGAGGACAGUGAGAAGAUGAACUUGCCUGUCUACUUCAGAGAGCGACAUUCCAAACACACGGGAAGCUCCACUAGCACCAUGCUGUUUGGUCAGCCUUUACUCAUAACGGUGCCCAAGCAAAACCUCACUGCAGACGCUCUUUAUGAAAAGAUCCUUGAGAGAAUUGGGCGCUAUGUGAAACGCCCGCAGAGCGAAAGCAAAGCGUCUGCUUCAGCCUCGUCCGCCAGCUGCAGCCAGGCUGCCGAAUGUCCUGUGUCGUCCAACCACGAUGGCGCUGGCAGCCCUGUGUCUGAAGGGGCUUCAUGCAGUUCCAGCUGCAGCAACCUCAACUCACAGACAUGCAACGAAACAAAUGGGCUGUGUGAUGGUGAAGAGGAAGCAAUGGACCACCAAGUAAGUCCAAAUCCUGAUGAGGGCCAGUCUGAAGAAGAAGAUGAAGAGACGUCUGAGUUGGAAAAUGGCUCCAAAAGCAGCGCACCUAAGCCAAGCUCUUUACCAGACAAGCUCUUCUCCUUCAGCAUUGUCAACUCUUACGGAACAGCCAACAUCAGCCCGCUGCCUUGUGAUGGAAAUGUCCUCAAGCUUAAUCCACAUUCCACCGUGGCUAUCGAUUGGGACACGGAGUCGAAGAAGCUGUGUUAUAAUGAACAGGAAGCAGAGGCUUAUGACACGCACGACAGCAUGCACCAGUCCCAGAAAAAGAAGGGCACCGUGGCUUUGAGGGAAUGUAUCGAGCUUUUCACCACCAUGGAGACUCUUGGCGAAUAUGAUCCAUGGUAUUGUCCCACCUGUAAAAAACACCAGCAGGCAACGAAAAAGUUUGACUUGUGGUCGCUCCCUCGCAUUCUGGUCGUUCAUCUGAAGCGCUUCUCUUACAAUCGCUGCUGGCGAGACAAGCUGGACACAGUGGUGGACUUUCCCAUCAGGGAUCUGGACAUGUCGGAGUUUGUGUGCGACCCAAAGGCCGAGCCGUACAUCUACGACCUGGUCGCUGUGUCAAACCACUAUGGAGGAUUGGGAGGAGGUCACUACACGGCCUACGGCAAGAAUAAAGUGGACGGACAGUGGUACUACUUUGACGACAGCUGUGUCACGUCUUCGUCCGAGGACCAGAUUGUGACUAAAGCGGCCUACGUGCUGUUUUAUCAGCGCCAAGAGAAGAAAGAGUCCUCCAAACCUCAGCCGUCUGCCUCUUUGGGUGGAGAUCCAGAGGCAGCAGAGGACCACAUGGACACAAACUGAGGAGCAUUGAUGUGACACGCACUGAAGCGAAGUGGAGACAAAAAAUGUGACAGAAGACUGGAAUGAAAGCGACUAAACGGACUUCAUCCACAUUUUAUUUGACUGGCGUCUCCGACUUGGGAGUCUUCUUCCCUUCAGCGGGAGAUCCUGGCGUGGAACAAAAUGUUCUAGAUUUUCUCACUGGAUGCACAGAAUGUUAGCCAUUCACACAAACAUGUACAUAAAUAUUUCUUUUGGCCACUAAGAAAAAAACAAGUCUUUCUUUUUUAAAAAAAAAAAAAAAAAAGCCAAAUGCACAUCAUGUUCAACCAAAGUGUUCGGAGUUAUUUAUGGUGGUCAAAUGUACAAACUUUAAAAGAGUAGGAUACUAUGUGCCUAGAUGAAUCGAUAAGAAUCUGUUCUGAGAGAUCCAAACCUGAAACGGAAUCAUGAAUAAAUAAAGAUAACUCUGGGACCUAAUCUAUCCUGUGUUCAGUGACUCGAUGUGCCACUGUACACGCGAGUGAAGCCUCCUCACCCCUGUGCAGCUCUACAUUAAAUGUAGGCAGCGCCCUCUGAGCUAACUGCUCUCCCUGAGCUCAGAUGGCGAGACAUCUUUUUGUAAUCGUGGCCUUCAAAUUCCUGCCACCUGACGUCACCUGGAUGCGCAUAGAUUUCUCCGUGAAUUUACAAUCUUUCUUCGUCGAGGUGUUUCAGAGUGGGAGGGUUGCGCUCACUUUUCGAUCAUUACAGUGUGUUGUGUCUGCUUGUAUGGACGCCUGGCUAUCCUGCAACAGCUUGUCCUUAUUAGUCUUGUUGAUGCUGCUCUGUAACAACACGGCCAGUGAAGAAAAUAAAC